GUAGAUACUACAGCCUGUGGAGGCGCUUGGACCACUGGUGCUUUGGAGAUUACUGGAGACGCGAACUGUUUUCAGCGCGCGUACACUGAACUACCCAAAGGCGUUUGGGAGGAGUCCUUGCCAAAACGAUGCACGCAUUGUCUUAAGAACGAGGAAGCACCAGAUAUUUGAUAGGUACAGGAAGAAGGAGAAAUUUGUGAACAGGGUUUUCUCUGGCGUGGCGUUUUUGUUUAAACGGCAGAUUAAAACCUGGAUAACCUUCACAGACUGCAACAAACGGACUCAUAAAAGUUGCGACUGGAGUAUUACUGUAGUUUCUGUUAUACACUCGAAAUCAGUGCUGUAGGCUAUCUGGAUUUUUAACGCACUGAAGGGAAACAUUCAGUUGCAUCGACAGUACCUUAUUUUAAUUGUAUUGUAUAGCCUUUCACGGCAGUUGCACAUCUUACUCUGCCACUACACACAAUAUUUACUGACACAUGCUUCAGAGCAGCCUCACGUUGAUAAGAAAGGAAAGAAAAAGGGCGCAUAGCAUAUUUUGUUCGAGAUAGUAUACGGGCUGUUUAUGUGUACAUUAGAGUCGCUAUCUGAUAUCUGACCAGCGGUACGCGGCUCUAGCAUCACCGCUCAAUAUCGAGGACUGAACAGCUCAAUUACCAACAUGACGGAUGGACCGAGACAAAGAGGCAGCGCAGCCCCGAGCACCAGCGAGGAUGCAGCCGCAGACACGGGGAAUGCUGCAGGACAGUCAUCGGUGGCGUUGAAGAAGGAGAUUGGUCUCGUCAGUGCUUGUGGCAUUAUUGUCGGUAAUAUUAUUGGCUCUGGAAUCUUUGUCAGCCCAAAGGGAGUGUUGGAAAAUGCCAGUUCAGUGGGCCUGGCCCUCAUCGUAUGGAUCAUUACAGGCGUUAUAACAGCGAUCGGCGCACUCUGCUACGCUGAGCUGGGUGUUACCAUCCCCAAAUCUGGAGGCGACUACUCUUAUGUCAAGGACAUCUUCGGAGGGCUGGCGGGGUUUCUGCGGUUGUGGAUUGCCGUGUUGGUGAUCUACCCCACUAACCAGGCGGUUAUUGCUCUCACCUUCUCCAACUACGUCCUGCAGCCUCUGUUCCCCACCUGCUUCCCCCCUGAGAAUGGUCUGCGUCUGCUUGCUGCCAUCUGCUUGUUGCUGCUGACUUGGGUGAAUUGCGCUAGCGUGCGCUGGGCAACACGAGUACAGGAUGUCUUCACUGCAGGGAAACUUCUGGCCCUCAUUCUUAUCAUCAUCAUGGGCAUCAUACAAAUCUGCAAGGGCGAGUAUUACUGGUUGGAGCCGGCCAAUGCAUUCGAGCCGUUUCAAGACUAUGAUGUCGGUCUGAUCGCUCUAGCAUUUCUACAGGGGUCCUUCGCCUACGGUGGCUGGAAUUUCCUCAAUUAUGUCACAGAGGAACUCGUCGACCCCUAUGUGAACCUUCCCCGUGCUAUCUUCAUCUCCAUUCCCCUUGUGACCUUUGUGUACGUUUUUGCUAACAUUGCUUACGUCACUGCCAUGAGCCCUCAGGAACUACUGGCCUCUAAUGCUGUAGCUGUGACGUUUGGUGAGAAGCUGUUGGGAGUGAUGUCAUGGAUCAUGCCCAUCUCUGUGGCCUUGUCCACAUUUGGGGGGGUCAACGGCUCCCUCUUCACCUCCUCUCGGUUGUUCUUCGCGGGUGCACGUGAAGGUCAUCUACCUAGCUUACUGGCUAUGAUUCAUGUGAAGCGCUGCACCCCAAUUCCAGCCCUGCUCUUCACUUGCAUCUCAACACUUCUGAUGCUGUGCACCAGUGACAUGUACACACUCAUCAACUAUGUGGGUUUCAUCAACUACCUCUUCUACGGUGUCACUGUUGCGGGGCAGAUCGUGCUGCGGGUUAAACAACCAGAUAUGCACCGGCCAAUUAAAAUCAGUCUGGUGUGGCCUGUCAUCUAUCUGCUGUUCUGGGCCUUCCUGUUGAUUUUCUCUCUGUACUCGGAGCCUGUGGUGUGUGGCAUUGGCUUGGCCAUCAUGCUUACUGGAGUCCCUGUCUAUUUCUUGGGCGUGUACUGGGACAACAAACCACAGUGUUUCAAUACAUUUGUUGACAAGAUGACAUACCUGGGUCAGAAGUUUUGUGUAGUGGUCUACCCAGUGGAGGACAAGAAGAAAAACGAUGAGUCUGUAGAAGAGAUCGAACUGAAGGAACAGUCGGUUCCACUGUCAGCCGAGGAUGAGCAGACACCGAAAUCAGCUGACUGCUGAACAGACAUAUGGAGACAUACUUAUUCACUCACAUACGGGCAGCCAGAUUUAUUCAGAUAGGCACUGGAAAUCAAACUCAGAUUUUUCACAUACCUCUGUAUUUUGCCUUUUCAUAAAGAGGGGGUUGCACUGGAGUGCAGUGGCUAAGCUCAGGAGACUAGCUGCUCCACAUGUCAUGUGGUUCUGCUGUAGUGGUCUUAUACAAUGUUCUCCGUUCUCUCUAGUUGCUAGUCUCUUAGCAACUGCUUUCUACUCCAUUGGCUGUGCAACAGAAUUGCAACAUUAAAAUGUGGGAUGACAUAAAGCUCUAGAAUGUAUUACUUAAAAACACUGAUUUGGAAGGGUCUGCAUUUAAAAAAAAAAAAACCUUUCUGAAACAUUAUUUUUUCUAUGAGAAUUAGAAUUCCGUUUCGUUUAUGCUAAAAAUGCCAGAAUACAUCAUGGCUUCGCCUGAAACAGUGGCAGGGUUCAUUUUAUUUAUUUCUUUGUUAUUGAGUACAUUCUAAUGUUCUAAUUCUUACCCCCUCUUUAUUUUUCCUUGUUUUAGUUAUCUCCCAACACUCCCAGGAAUAAAUGUUUUUUAUAAGCCAAAGCUGUAUUUUAAUUUGACAUUUUUUAAUUUCAAGUGUAUUUCCUGUUCUAAUCAUAUUCCUUUUUGUCAUUAUGAAAUGAUUGAUUUUUUUUUUACAUUUUAUUUUCUCCGUUUUCUUUCCUGAAGGAAAGCUCUGGGAUCUUUUUUUAAUCAUCAUAUUUUUAAGGCAUAUAUAGAAGAACCAAUUGUGGUGGUUCAGAGUAGAUUUCUACCAGGUUACUCUGGUACUGAUACAAUUUAAGCUCUUUUAUUUGCCUUGAAACUUUUACAUAAACUGUAUAAAGUUAUUAUCACUGUUGAAGAGUAUUUUUCUUCUGUGCUCAGUGAAAACUUAAAGAUUCCGUUGUGAAAUUAAGUGUUGCAAUGGUAUCUUCAUUCUGUGUGGACUUUACACAGAGAAUAUGGCUCCUGACGCCAUCGGCUUUAUAGCCACAGUCAUAACCUGCAGGUUUGCUUUCAUGCAGCCUAAUUGUUUCACAAGUAUAUACACAAAUAUAUAUUCAAAAUUGCAGAGCGUUUGGUUAUAUAUGGCGAAAAAAAGAAAAAGAAAAACAGUAGUGAUGCAUAGAUAGUGUCUGUGAUGUAGCUGAAAGCCUGUGAGAAUGUAAUAGUUCUGGUCCUGUCAUUUAUUAUGUGAAUAUUCAAAAACUUGAAAUCAAUUAUGUCAGAAGAGCUUGUUAAAUCAGUCUUAUAAUGCACAAUAUAUUAUAAUUGUGUAGGUGGACUGUAGAUGUUAAUGUAGGUGCAGUACAAGGGACUAGAAUCAAUCGAUCAAGCUAACAUAGUCUGGAUGAUUACAUGAAUAUACUAAAUAAUUGAACUACACACCUGAAUGGAGAGCCUUAAAGAUAAUUAAUUUUCUAAUAAAAUUACUUAAAAUAUAUAAUAUAACUGUAAGUAAAUAAUAUAUGCUCAGUUCAAGAAUACAUGAUUGAAGUGUUCAGUAUGUAUGUCACUUGUCCACACAAGCGUGUAAGGCUUUUUAGUGGUCACAGGGUCUUUUUUAUUGUGCCUCUGUAUUGAUGUCACACCUUUACCCACUUGUGAAGACUAUGGAAAAGUGCCAAUUGUUCUUUGUUUUAUUGCAGAUCUGUAGUGUGUAGGUGCUGUAUAAAAAUCAGUGUAAUUCACUGCACAUCCAUUUUGCAUGAGCUUAACCCCCCACAUUCCUUAGAGACUACAAUAUCAAAUCUAUAACCUUCGUACUUCCACAAGAAUCACUGCCUUUUGGUUCCUCUGUCCUAAUCAGGCAGCAAAGAGGCCUGUUAUCAUCCAUUAUUCAACUGACUGCGUAAACUUUAAUCAUUGUAUGUAUCAUCAAAGGUGCAGAGCAUCUUUGGUUGUAGUGAUGCUGCUCCUGAGCUGUGCCUCAGUAAUCAGCACUGCCUACUCUGUGCUAAACACAAACACUAUGUAUAUUUUAUAUGGAAGCUGCAAUUCUGAUUGUGCUGCAAUAUUUGACUCCUUUCCACACACACACACACUAUCAUACAGGUGAUACCAAAAGCCAUGCAAAAUUAAUUGUCACAUAUUUGAUUGUCACAUUAGUAACAAAUGAUUGAUGUUAAUAUUUUGAAUGUCCUCACAAUUACAUAAAAAUCAAAAAGAGAAUGACUUUUAGAGAUUAUAUUAAGAUAUGUACAGUUUAAAAGGAUAAAGACCAUAAAGCUCAAAUUACCACUUACACAACUGGGGCUGAACGUUUUGUACCAGAGUCUUCUUGUUUAGUAUAUGUUUUGUAUUUGUUUGAACAGUAUAUAUUAAAAGACAAAUAAAUCUAUAUGCUGAACCAGG